UUUAUCAGUGCUAAGAUCACUGCUUGCUGCAAACAAUAGGAAAGCAGUAGGAAUUGACAGAAGUAUUGCUUGGAGUGGAUAAAACCAUGGCAUCCCCGGAAUCACCGGAGCCCAGCAGUACUGACCCUCCGUCAGACUGUAUAAUACCUGGAGGCACCAAAUUACUGACCAACAUGCCUGACCUUUUCAUGAUACCUGAACUUGUUUUUGGUGCAUUAGUCUGGAUCCUUGUGGCUUCUAUCAACGUUGCUGAUAAAGUCAGCCAAGGCUGGGUGAUAUUUGUCUCCCUCCUCCUUUUUGUGUUGACGCUGCUCCUGCUGAUUUGUUAUUUCUUCGGAUAUCCUCGGAAUUCCACAGCCUGGUGUUUAUUGGAUGCGUGCUAUCACGGUGUGGCAGCUCUCUUUUAUUUCAGUGCUGCGGUCCUACAGGCUAAUUCUACAGUACGUCUGCAAGGUCUGAACAACAAGGUUUACCAAAUUGAUGUUGCUGCAACGAUAUUUGCAUUUGCAGCAACUGUGCUCUAUGUUGCUCAUGCGUUGUUCUCAUUCAAAAGGUGGAAAUCAGUCUAACUGUCUCCGAGCUGGUUGGAAAGUGAACGUUGAACUUGUGAAAAACAUCUCAGAAAGUCGAUUGGUCUCCUCUCGAUGUAUAUCACAGCCAUACAAUUAUGUAUUGAAAAUGGGGUGUUAAUUCUGUUUUGUUAAAGUGUAAUCUUGUUUUAAUCUUCCUGUAUUUUUUCCAUUAUUUCUGUCCCCCUCAUCCCAGCCACUUUUCCAGACCCGUCCUGCUCUUUGUGACAGAUUGUUCAACUGUCAGGAGUUCUGGGGCAAUUAUGGAUAGCAGAAGGAAUUCUGCUCCAAAUCCAGUCCAACCCAGAUCAACGGGAGAGCAUACUUUCAAUUUAUGUUCAAGGGGGUUUGGAGGGUUUGAGCUAUAGGGUGAGGCUGAACAGGCUGGGGCUUUUUCUCUGGAGCGUCGGAGGCUGAGGGGUGACCUUGUAGAGGUUUAUAAAAUCAUGAAGGGCAUUGAUAGAGUAAAUAGACAAGUCUUUCUCCCAGGGUAGGGGAAGUCCAAAACUAGAGGGUAUAGGUUUAAGGUGAGAUUUAAAAGGGGCAUAAGGGGUAACUUUUUCAGGCAGAGGAUGAUGUACUGCCGGAGGAAGCAGUAGAGGCUGGUACAAUUAAAACAUUUAAAAGUCUUCCAGAUUGGUACACAAAUAGUGAGGGUUUAGAGGGAUAUGGGCCAAAUGCUGAUAAAUGGGACUAGAUUAAUUUAGGAUAUCUGAUUGACAUGGACAGGUUGGACCAGGAGUCUGUACAACUCUAUGACGCUAUGAUUUAUGAGGAGAAAGCAAGCGCUUGCAGAUGCUGGAGAUCAGAGUUGGGAGUGUGGUGCUGGAAACACACAGCAGGUCAGGCAGCAUCCGAGGAGCAGGAGAAUUGAUGUUUUAGGCAUAAGGUGUUCAUCAAGAAGGGCUUAUGCCCGAGAUAUCGAUUAUCCCUACUCUUCGAAUGCUGUCUGACCUGCUGUGCUUUUCCAGCACCACACUCUCGAUUCUAUGAUCUAUGACCAAGGCAAUUGAUGUGGCUUGUCAGCUUCCCUUUACUACAUGCCAGUAUGAUAUAAAGCCUGGCACAUCUCUCAUUGGAGAAGGGGACGGGUCAUGUUUGGGUAUAGUCACCCACCCCUCCCGUCAGUUAUCGCCCUUCUCCAAACUGGAAAGUACCAUGCAAGACAACAGAAACAUUCAAAAAUUCUCCCGUCAAACCCUGACGGGAACCUAAGAUUCUUUUUCAUCCAAUGUUCAGGAAGCAAUUGAUCCAUUGUUUCUGUCAGUCCCAAACUUUGACCAACCUGGCAAACCAGAAACAAAACACUGAGGAUGCUGAACUCUGAAAGAAACACAGAAAAUGCUGGAGCCCCCCAGUAUGUCUGGCUGUGCCCAGUUCAUGAAUUGCUCCGUUGACUCCAUUUCUCAGCAUUUUCUGGUUUUGUUGUCAAUUUGUGAAAUGUAACUAUGUGGAAGUGACAUGAAAUGUCAACCACUCACAUUCUGUCUUCAGCUGAGAUUGCAAACUACACUGAAUUCAGUAAAAUGUGAACUGCGAUUACAAA